AUGGUCCUGAUGCAUUAAUCACUAGCAGACACAAAAUAUACUAGUAGCAAAGUUAAUUGGAUGCUGUUGAGUAAAUAACAUCGACAUUCCCUGGCAAACAUGGCUAUAGAGAAAUUGCAUCUCGAGGAUGCGUUGGAAGAUAGUCCACAGACCCGAAGUCUGCUGUCAGUGUUUGAGAAAGAUGCUAUGACCCUCAAGAAAUACACAACAGGUCUACACAACUGCUGUCAAAGAAUCAUGAAAGCUCAGAAUGAAUUGUGUGCAGCCACACAGUCCUUAUCACAACACCUGAGAGAUUUUGAAAUACAGAAAUUUCCUUUAGAAUCUGAUGACAGUGUGUUAAGUUCUACCCUGAAACAAUUCUCUAGUUAUUUAGAUGAUGUGAGCUCUAUACAACAGGUUCUUUCUGCACAAUUCUCCGAGACAAUGAUGUAUCCUCUGUCGAGAUUUUUACAGGCAGAUUUAGAAGAAGUAACAACUUUAUGUGAGAUGUUCCAGUUAGCAAGUAAUGAACAUGACAGUGCUAUGAAUCGGUACAUGAGAUUACCUAAGAAGAAGGACAGUGAGAGACACAGACAGGAAUGUAGUGAAGAACUCUACCUCAUGAGGAAGAAAUUUCAUCAGACAUCUUUGCAUUACUACUCCAGUCUGAAUGCUCUACAGUACAAGAGGAAGUGUUCCCUGCUGGAGCCCAUUAUGGGCUACCUUCAUGCCCAGAGAGCCUUCUUCCAAAUGGGCCAAGAUGCAGUGGGCAAGAAAGAGAUUGAGGACUUUCUGAAUAAUAUCUCCACCAGUGUACAAGGAGUUCAGCAGGAAAUGAAGACGGAGACCAAGAAGACGGUUGAACUGAUUGACACACUCGAACAACAGAGUGCUCAUCUAUAUCAUGCUGAACCAAUGGUAGACAUGCCUUAUAUCCCUCCCAAUACUAACCUGACACAGAAGGCAGGCUACCUGUUUGUUAGGAGAGGGAAACACAUACAAAUGCCAGGCCCCAUUGGCAAACAACUGAUAGCCACAAAGUGGGAGCGAUGCUUCUUUUUCACGGUGGGCGGGAACUUGAUGAGUCAAUCAAGAGACCAGUUAGCUGGGAGCCUGGUUCUGGAUUUAAAUGAACCCGGUGUAUUGGCAGAACCUCAUGAAUCGGAUGAUAGACGCUUUGUUUUCCAAGUUCUAUCACCAAAAAGUAAAAGAAAUAUAGUUUUACAAGCUGAAAAUGAAAGGGAAAAGGACGAGUGGAUCUGCACACUUAAUAACAUUGUGAGGGAAAGUGGAUAUGUAAAAGACAAAAAUCCGCAAGUUAAACCCAAGGAGAGGACUUCAAGCACCAGCAGUGCAUCAAAACAGGGUUCUAUCAGUCCCGACCAGUCGAGCUCCAGCAGCAUGACCAGUACAGGGGCUGUCCCCAAAACCCCGGCCCCCACCCCCUCCAGCUCGUUUGUGGCUGAUGCUCCCAUUCAGUUUGAUCUGUUAUCCCCCACCAGUCAGAACGGCGGAGUUAUGUCCAGUCUACCAGGUCCACCAAACCCUGAAGCGAGGAUCAACCCAUUUGAUCAAUCUGCCAAUGAAGUGUUGGAUUCCCUGGACUCAGCCAUUGACAAUGCAACUUUUGUGGAGAGUUUUGUUGUUAGAUUUUUGGGGUCAAUGGAGGUACCCACUGAUAGAGGUGAGAAGCUAGUUCAAGAAACAAUGAGACAAAUCAUGGCAGCUCGGGCAAUUCACAAUGUGUUUAAAAUGACAGAAUCUAGGCUGGUAGUGUCCAGUGAAUGUAUGAGAUUGAUAGAUCCUUCAAACAAUACAGUAAGGACACAAUUUGCAUUGGCAGACAUUUCGUUUUGGGCAGCACAUCCAGAGAACACAAGAUUAUUUGCAUUUAUCACUCGAACGAAGCCUCCAGGAGCCACCCAGUCCACAUUCUCUUGCCAUGUUUUUGAAUGUAACAUUUCUGCAGAGGAGAUUUGUCUAGCUAUAGGGACAGCAACAAAACUUGCCUUUCAAGCAUUAAUGCAACGUAAGUUACCUCCAGGUGUAGGGAAGGAAAAGAAAGUGAUGGAGAAAAUCCAGCAUGUGAAGACAAGGGAGAAGAACAUACUGUUACAGAAUAUUCAGCAGCUGGAAGACGCUCCUGAAGGGGAGGAAGACAAUCUUCAUAACCUCCCUCUAUCUCCUGAUGGAAAAUAUCUAGUGCUUACUGCUACUGACGAAUCAGAAGACUUGGCUGAGUCAGGUGACCUGGCUCAACCAAUGGAAAACCUGACUGUUGAAUCUAUGCAGCAACCAAUCAGUGAUGACUUGGACAUUGAGGAAGAACCUGAGUCUGAAGCUUAACGUUAAAGCUUAUGCAAUAGAAACUGUUAUUUGGCAUAUUGUAGAUUAUCUUUUUUUAUAGGUGGCUCAUUUUGGUUUUUUGCAUUUAUGACAGUUAUUCAUUUGGUUCACCAGUCUCAAUGUUUGUUGAGAAAAUAAAAGUAUUUGAAAAGCUUGUAGGAUUUUCAGUCACAAAUGAAACAAGCUACCUUGGAAGAUUGACUCUACAGCAUUUUUCCCCCAUUAAACUUGUUACAUUUUUGGACAAGUAUAAAAAAGAAUAGAAACCUUGUACCAGUAGUUUGUAUGGAAUAUUUUGUGAUGAAGUUCUGUAUUUUUCCUUUGCUUGGAUGUGUGUACUCGAAGUAAAUUUUACAGAUGUACUGUUUUUAGAAACAGAUGUUGUUUGAGAGUUUUAAGUGAACAGGAAUGCAGUAUGCUUGGUAGAUUAUUGUGGACAAGAACUUGAAUUGUUUGUGUACAAUAUAUCAGGAUAUUUUUCCCUGAUUAUUAAAUACAAGGUUUUAUCUCUGGUUGAUAAUUACUAAGUUUCUUCUGGAUACAGUGGUAAUUUUAAGUAUUUACUAGCUAUAUUCUGAACUGGUUGGUAAAUACUAGGUUUUUUUCCCUGGUUGAUAAUUACCAGAUUUAGAUUAUAAUGGUUGUUGUCAACGAAGCUUUGUUUGGUUAGCUUUGGGUAGCUCUUGUGAAGUUUGUGUGUCUAGAAUUUAUUUGCUUGUGAAGUAGCAUUGAAAUUUGUUAGUUGAUCCUACAUUUCUUCAUGCAUAUGUUGUUAAAAUAACCAGUGUAUUUUAUUUCAUGUAUACUUAGGUUAUUUAAAAAUAGUUGGAGGUUGUAAAUCUCCUUUAUUCAUUGAGUGCCAUGGAGGAAAUUAAUCAAUAUGAAGUAAUUCAAUCGUCUAGAAAAAAAAAUGUUAGUUUUAAAUUAAGUCUCAGUAAGGAAUUAUCUAAAAGAAGUUCAAUUAAAAGUUCUUAUAGUAAAAAAGGGUGAUUUUCACUUUAGUGCUUUUGUAGGUAAUGAAUAGGUUGGAAAGGCAACUUCUUUUUGCAACGACAGGUUUUCAGAACAUGCAUGUUUUACAUUUGUUAAAGACUUAAAUCUGGUGUUUGUUGGUAUUAGAUGUAUCAAAUUUUAAUUGUUAGUUCUCUUUAUUCCAUGUUUGCAUGCAGAAUGUAUCAUAAUGUAAAUAAUCAUACACUAUAUUUGUUUGAUUGUGCCAAUAAACUUAGUUUUUAUUCCCAAUACUUGAAACAAAACCAAGAGAAAGCGCUUUCUUCAUUUAAUAAACAAUUUCGACAAAUUUACACAUUAAAAGUAAAAAUUUAUUUGAUUGAAGUAGGAAACUGAUAUUUACCGGCAAUGUAAAUGGGCAACAGAUUUAUUUGUACACACACAUAACAAGAUUGUCUUUAUAAUUGUGGAAAACUUUUUAUUUUAUCUGCUUGUUGUCUGACCUCAUAUUGCUGUUGAUUUGACGUUAAAGAGCUUUCAAGACUUAAUAUAUUUAUAUUGUGUUGUUAAAAUUUCAGAGUGUUUGUAAUCAAAUGGAUAAUUAUAUAAAUAUUACAUGAGAACUAUGCAAUCUUUAUGUAAAUAUAAUAAAGUUCUUAUUUAUUGCUUUAUUACUAUUAGACCCAAACUAACUGUUGAAUUUUUAUAUUCCUUUCUCAACCCUAAAUGUAUUGUUGUACCUUUUUUUUCCUUUGGUAUUUUGUUGCUUCAUUCUGCAGAGUGUGUGCCUUUUAAAGUCAACUUCCUAAACUUGUAAACCAUAUAGUGAUCAGCUUUUAUAAUACAUUGCAGGUGUUUAAAAUAAUUUGAUCAGUAAAGAUCAUAUCAUGUAAGCUGAAGAAUACUAAAUCUCUCAUUUCUUCACUCUCUGUCUGUUUUGAAGGCUUUUGCAGAAAAGGUAAUUGGAAUAAUAAAGGGAUAUGUUUGUUUGUUUCAUUUCACCUGUGAUAUGUAAAUACAUGAAUUUCUCGUGUCUGAGUAUAUUUAUUGAUCGAUGGAUGUCAUUUUUAUCUGCGCAUCAUGAGUAGACGAAAUAAAAUUAAAACAUC